UUUAAAAGGCUUGAAUGACCAACAACGCAGCUGCUAACAAGUGGGAGGAGUUACUGGGGGAAAUCAGCUUCAGAAACUUAGUGCGUUGCAGUCGGUGGAAGUGAAGUGGACGAAAACAGCACUCAGACGUAAUGGGUAAGGAUCCUAAUAAGCCGAGGGGUAAGACGUCCUCGUACGCCUUCUUUGUGCAGACAUGUCGAGAAGAACACAAGAAGAAACACCCCGGCACUUCCGUGAAUUUCUCCGAGUUCUCCAAGAAAUGUUCCGAACGGUGGAAGAGCAUGUCUUCCAAGGAAAAGACGAAAUUUGAAGACCUGGCCAAAGGCGACAAAGUUCGCUAUGAUCGUGAGAUGAAAGACUACAUUCCCCCCAAGGGGGCAAAGGGGGCGGGGAGGAAAAAGAAGGAUCCAAACGCCCCCAAGCGCCCGCCGUCUGCAUUUUUCAUCUUCUGCGGCGAUCACCGCGCUAAGAUCAAGGCAGAGAAUCCAGGAAUAGGCAUUGGCGACAUUGCCAAGAAGCUUGGUGUCAUGUGGUCCGAGCAGUCCCCGAAGGACAAGGCCCCGUAUGAACAGAAGGCACUUAAGCUGAGAGAGAAAUAUGACAAGGAAAUCUCCGCUUAUCGCGCUAAGGGUGGCGGCAAAAGCGAUGCUGGUAAGAAGGGAGGACCUGGGCGACCAGCAGGCGGCAAGAAGGCAGCACCCGUUGAUGAUGACGAUGAUGAUGAUGAUGACGACGAUGAAGAGGACGAGGAAGAUGAUGAGGAUGACGACGAUGAUGAUGACGACUAAACUGCUUUGAAAACUCUGCUGGGUUAUUUUCUAAAACAAUGUGAAAAUUUAAUGUUAGAUUUAUACAACAUGUACAGAAGUUUUUUUCUUUCUGGUUGUGUUUAUUUUUUUGUAAAUAAAUCUGACUCCUUGUUUUGUCAUGGUUUUAUUCCACUAAUGUCCAUGGGUUCAGUGGAACAAGUUGAGUAAAUUUGAACGCUUGUUUAUGGAGGGUUUUGUAAUAAAGUUUUUAUUCCUGACAA